AUGAAAGCUACGCGUCUGUCGCUGCACAUACUCUUUCUUAGCUUAACGUACACUACUCCGCUUCGACAUGUCCCAAUCGAAGAUGCAUUGCCCCCAUUCGGGAUCGAAAUUGUAGUAACAAAUAAUCGUAUGCUCUCAUUCUUCUGUGGCGCUGUUUACUUCUAUCGGAUAAAUGGUGGAUAUAUAUCUCGAGGUACAAGCUUGGCUCGAAGGACGGAGUGGGGUUAUAGAGCACAACAUCUAGAUCCUAAUGCGCCUGGAGAAAAUGGUGCUGGUGUGGUUCUUCGGGAAGAGGACAAGGAGCAAGUCGAGAAAGACAUGAAAACUUGGUUCAUGAACGUAAAAGCUAGCGAUAUGAUCUCACUGGAUAGAAGCCUUCCAGAAACUCGUAGAAAGGAAUGCUUAGACAUCAAAUAUGAUCUGGAAAAUCUCCCCCAGGCAUCGGUAAUAAUAAUCUUCACAGAUGAGGCUUGGACUCCCCUGAUGAGAACUGUGCAUUCCGUUGUGAAUCGGAGCCCUCCACAGUUGCUUAAGGAAGUAAUUUUAUUGGAUGACAACAGCCAGAGAGCUGAGUUAAAGGACCAUCUCGAUGAGUAUGUUCUUCGGUUCAACGGUCUGGUCCGUGUUAUAAGAAAAAACAUCAGACAUGGCCUUAUAAGAGCGAAAUUGGCAGGCGCACGGGAAGCUAUCGGAGAUGUAGUCGUAUUCCUGGACUCUCAUUGUGAGGCAAAUGAGGGAUGGUUGGAACCGUUGGUGCAGCGAAUUAGUGAGAAGCGUAGCGCUAUUAUCUGCCCAAUCAUCGAUCACAUUUCUGCUGAGACUAUGCAAUACCAUGGCGACCCUUAUUCAACGUCAGUUGGGGGGUUUUCCUGGGCCCUCCAUUUUACAUGGGAAGGCUUGCCGGAAAGUGAGAAAAAGCGGCGAAAAAGUCCAACGGAAUACAUAAGGUCUCCUACUAUGGCUGGAGGCCUCCUCGCUGCUAAUCGUGAGUAUUUCUUUGAAGUCGGUGGGUAUGAUGAAGAGAUGGACAUCUGGGGAGGUGAAAACUUGGAGAUUUCUUUCAGAGUGUGGAUGUGCGGUGGUUCUAUAGAAUUUAUUCCGUGCUCCCAUGUUGGUCAUAUAUUCCGUGCUGGGCACCCGUAUAACAUGACAGGUCGCGGGGGCAAUAAAGACGUACAUGGUACAAACUCGAAAAGGUUAGCUGAGGUAUGGAUGGACGAGUAUAAACGACUUUAUUACCUUCACAGACAUGAUCUGAUGGACACCGAUGUUGGCGACUUGUCGUCACGUAGGGAGUUGAGGAAGCGUUUAGGAUGCAAAUCGUUCAAAUGGUUCUUGGAAAAUAUUAUACCAGGAAAGUUCGUUCCUGAUGAAGAUGUGCAAGCAUACGGAGUGUUAUUUACCACCGUCAACGACUUUCGAAUGUGCACGGAUACAUUGCAGCGAGACGAACAUUCAUCACAUACGCUGGGUGUUUAUCCUUGUCAAGGAAAAGGCAGCCCACCUCAGCUGAUGUCCCUUUCGAAAGCUGGCCAUUUGCGUAGAGAAACCAACUGUGCCGAAGUACGAAUUUCGGAAAAUCUUCGCCGAGGCGUUGUCCACAUGUCUCGUUGCCAUGCUGGAAGUCCUGCAUGGCUCUAUGAGAAUUCCAUGCUAAAGAACAAGGACUCUGGAUUAUGUCUGUCCACAGCAGGUUUGAAAGCCAGCGACGAUGCAACAGUAGAGAUUUGCGACAGCAGCAACCCACACCAAUUAUGGAAAUUUGUUGAUCCCAAAGUAAUGAACGAAACUAGUGAUGUCGUGAUAAUGACACUCGCUCCGGGACCACUCCCAGAUGCUCAGUAUCCAUUGAAGGUGACGUACUGUGGAGAAUGUUCCAUGCCAGUAGAAUAUUGCGAUUAUUCUGGAAUGACUGAUAAGUGCCGAAAAUGGGCCGAAGAGAAUGCUCCGGAAGCUUUGGAAGGUCUUGAAAUUUCACCAGAUGCAGAAAGUGAAGAGAAAAAACAUCAGAAACGUGGAGGCAAAGGGAUCAACAAGGGCGAAAAAAAGAAAGCAGCCACUGCGACCAAGAUUACGCUUCAAAGAGAGCCGCGUGGAAAGAAAAGUGUUACAGUGAUCAAGGGGUUAGCAGGUUUCGAGAUCGAUUUAAAACAGGCGUCGAAACUGUUCGCGCAGAAAUUCGCGUGUGGCAGUUCUGUAACGGGUGCUGAUGAGAUAGUAAUACAAGGGGAUGUAAAGGAUGAUCUUUUGGAUGUGAUACCAGCGAAAUGGCCACAGGUGUCCGAGGAUAUGAUUGAUGACCUAGGCGAUAAGAAGCGGUAG